GUUGCUUAUAUAUUAAAUCUUAAAUCGACGUUAGGGUUUACUUAGCCGGCUUGCUUCAUCCAUUCAGUGUAGGAGCUCAUAACCCUAACCAUGGCCGUCGGGAAGAACAAGAGAAUUUCAAAGGGAAAGAAGGGAGGCAAGAAGAAAGCGGCUGAUCCUUUUUCGAAGAAGGAUUGGUACGAUGUCAAAGCACCAUCGUUGUUCAACGAAAGGAAUGUUUGCAAAACCCUUGUUACACGUACCCAGGGUACCAAGAUUGCCUCGGAAGGACUGAAACAUCGUGUCUUUGAUGUAUCCUUGGCUGACCUUCAAAAGGAUGAGGACCAUGCCUACAGAAAGAUCCGUUUGAGGGCUGAAGAUGUCCAAGGGAAGAAUGUCUUGACCAAUUUCUAUGGAAUGGACUUUACCACAGACAAACUUAGGUCUCUGGUCAGGAAAUGGCAGUCUUUGAUUGAAGCACAUGUUGAUGUGAAGACAACUGACAGCUACACAUUGAGAAUGUUCUGCAUUGGAUUCACCAAGAAGAGGACUAACCAGGUCAAGAGAACCUGCUAUGCACAAUCCAGCCAAAUUCGUCAGAUUCGAAGGAAGAUGAGGGAGAUCAUGAUCACUCAAGCUCAGUCUUGUGAUCUUAAGGAGUUGGUUCUGAAGUUCAUUCCUGAAUCAAUUGGGAGAGAAAUUGAGAAGGCAACUUCCAGCAUUUACCCAUUGCAGAAUGUUUUCAUCCGUAAAGUUAAGAUUUUGAAGGCACCCAAGUUUGAUCUUGGCAAGUUGAUGGAAGUUCAUGGGGAUUACUCUGAGGAUGUUGGUGUUAAGGUUGAGAGGCCUGCUGAUGAGCCUAUUGCUGAAGCAACUGAAGUUAUUGGUGCUUAAAUGGGAGUUUGUUAGCUUCUAAUUGAUAAUUUGUUGAGCUUGAAAUGGUUAGGAUGUGUUGGUUUUUAUUUACAUGAGAUUAUAUUUUCUUUUGAAACCUGUGAUGCAAUUUUUGUAGUUUUCUUUCAACCAGAUGAUAAGCAAUGUUGAGACAUUUAUAUUAUGCAUGAUACUUUUGCCUA